AUGCCAGUACCACAAUAUCAGGGCAUCGCUGGACAGUCACAAAUAUCAUGCUGGCAAAAAAUGAAAAUGGGUUUACUUAUGGGAGUGUUUAUUGGUUGCGCAUCAGGUGCUAUUAUCGGAACUGUUAGUGCAUUCAGCAUGGGUUUCCGAGGGCGCGCAAUGAUGGCACAGGUCGGUCGAUAUUCUACAAAAAUGGGUGGUUCUUUUGCGGUAUUUAUGAUGAUUGCACAAGGAUUACGCUGUUGA